AAAUAAAUACCGAUAAAGAUGAUAAUAAUCAAGAUGAUCGAGUUCAAAAUAAAGUUGAUGAUAAUAAUGAUUCUGAUGAUUUAACAACAAAAACAACAUUGGUUGAUCAAUCCAAUGAAUCAACCGCAAUAAACGGAUUGACAAAUGAUAAUGAAUCGGAUAAUGAAAUACAAAAUGAUAGUGAACAACAAUUGAAUGAUGAAAACAAAAACGAUGAAAAUGAAUCUAAAGACGAAAUUGAUGAUAAAAUGGAAACUGAUAAGCCAGAGAUCAAUGAAGAAGAAGAGAAAAAUAAUGAUGACCAACAGAAUGCUGACCAAGAUGAUAAAGAGGAUUCAACACAAGAUUCAACAAAUGAUAUGAAUGAUGAAAUGGAGGAUUUGACAACAGUGGUCAAAUCUGAAAUCAAAGAAAAACCAGGUGAUAGCGAAGAGAAAGAAACGGAAAAAGAAGAGGUGAAAAAAUCUCCAUCAGAAGUUAUUAAUGAACAAGAUGAAAUGAUCACAUUGGAUCUAUCGAAAUCAUUACCGAAUGGAUCACAAACAAAAAUUCGAACAAAAGAGCGACAACCAUUGUCGGAAAAUUAUGUAAAUACACCAAUGACUAGAAGUCAGAAACGUGCACGUUCAAAUGAUAAUCCUAUAACGACAAACAUAUCAACAUCAAUUGUUGAAGAUUUAUCCAUAUCCGGAACAAAAAGACAACAUAAUAAUAUUUUACCAUAUUCAAAUGGUGAUGCUAAUUCUAUUGAUAAUGAUGAUGUUGAUGAUAAUAAUGAUGAUAAAUCAAAUCAUAAUAAUAAUAAUAAUGAUAAUCCAAUAAUGUUGAAAAGAAAAAAACGAAAUAAUAAUGACAUAUACGAUAUGCUUAAUAUUCAAAAUGAACAACAACAACAAACGGAAAAUGAAAAUAUUAAUGAUAAUGAUGUUCAUGAAGAAUCGAUAGCCAAAAUAAAAUUGAUACGUUGUUUAAAACAACGAUUAUUUAAUGAAGAGAUGAAAUUAUUAUUUUUGAAAAAAAUACGACAAAGUCAAUUGAAGGAAAACAUAUCACAACAACAACAACAACAGGAUUCAACAACGAUGUUGACGAAUUCAAAUCAACAACAUGGACAUGGAAAUCAUCAACAGCAACAACAGAAUCAUUCUAAUCGAAUUCAACAACAACAACAACAACAGCUUCUUUCACAUAAUCUAACCAAUUCAUCAGCAUCGGCCGCUGCUGCAGCAGCAUUUGCUAAUAAUUUAUCAUCAUUUAGUGGUUUAAAUUUGACCUCUUUACAACGAGAAUUUGCUCAACACUUAUUAGCCCAACAACAGCAACAGAAUCAUUCAUCAACAUCAACAACAUCACCAUAUUCGGCUGCUGGAUUUAAUUCUCUAUUAAAUUUUUCAAUGCCAACAAGUGGUAGUGGUGGUGGUAGUCAUGUCCAUCAUAAAAAUAUGGCCAAUUUAAUCAAUAAUAAUGUUGCACAUUCGAAUCAUCAUUCACCAUCGGUUAAUACUGGUAUGCAUCAUACACCAGCACAUAUCGGUAAUAAUACGAAAAAUUAUCAUUCAUCGAAUUCGGCUGUUGCUGCAGCUGCUGCUGCCGCCGCCGCUUUGAAUUUCUCCACCAAUCAUCAUCAUCAACAACAACCACAACCGAUGCAAGCACAUAUGUCUAAAUCAUCAAGCGGUAGUCAUCAUGGUUCAUCAUCUUCAGUAAAAACACCAUCACCAGCACAUUUAAAUAAUCCCACUUAUCAUCAUGGAAUUACUGCCGGGCGUUCCCCAUAUAAUUAUAAUCCUCUUGCAGCACCACCACCACCUCCUCCCGUUUUGACCAAACAUCGAAAUAGCAGCAACAGCAGUAGUAUUGGUCAUCCGGAUUCACCGCACGCUAAUUUGAAUGCUGCUCAUACAUCAUCCAUGAAAUCGACUUCAUCUUCGAAUAAUCGUGCCAUUUCAUCGAGUUCGCCGAAUUUGACUUACCAAGAUUUACGACAUUCAUCAUCGUCGAAACAUAAUCAGAUUAUACCACCAAAUGUACCAUCACCGGUAAGCAAUCAUCAGGUAGUUGAUGGCAGUGGUAGCAAUGUUGUUUUGACAAAGGAACAAAUUUUAUUACAAAAACAAUUGGCCACAUUGAAACAAGCAAUGCGUAAACAUGUUGACAAGCCACCGCAACCAAAAAUGAUUCCUUCGGAAAUGCAUUUUAUACCGAAUCCAUCGAAUCCUGAAUUCAUUUAUUAUGUUGGUCUUGAGACUGUUGUCAAUUAUUUGACCGGUUCAAAUCAAAUGCCGCAACCACCGGAACCAUUCGAAUGUGUGCAAUGUGGUACAGAUUUUACACCAGUUUGGAAAUGGAAAGAUCGUUCGAAUCCAUCGAAGCCUUCUGUUAUUUGUGAACAAUGUGUAUCGAAAAAUAUGAAAAAGAUAAUUAGCGAUGAUUAUCAGAAAGAAGUUUCAUCAUAUUCGAAAACAUUUGAAGAAAUUGAAAAGCAUUUGGCGACAGCAACGGCUGCUGCUGCAUCAAUACCCACACCACCUCCACAACAACCAUCACCAUCACCUGUAACACCGGCAUCUCAUAGAACUGUGUCGCCUGCCUCGAUUCCGGGAAAUACAAAUGUUUUACAAAAUCAACCACAACAUUCUUCGUCAUCAUCAUCAAGGCAAUCUUCAUCGAAUCAUUUGACGGCAGCAGCAAACAAUUUAUUCGGCGGGUCAACCGCUGCCGCAUCAAAUAAUCCUGCUCUGAUGGCAGCAGCUGCUGCAAACUUUAACUUACAACAGGCACAAAAUUUGCCAUUUUCAUCAUUAUCGCCAUCACAAUUGGCCGCAAUGGCAGCUUUAUUAAUGCCGCAGGCAAAUCCACAACCAGCGCCUCCACCACCACAACAACAAUCAACGCCUCCAGCUGCACAUAGUGGUUCGUCCCGGCCAUCAGCAGCUUCCACCACAAGUGGAAAUUUUGGCCCUUCAAGUUUAUUUGGCGCUGCUGGAAGCGGAACAACGAAUUCAGCUGCAGCAGCCUUGACUUUGCUACAACAACUACAAUCAUUUCCAAAGAUAAAUCAGGCUCAAUCAUUAUUGUUGGCACAACAGUUGUUGGCUGCAUCAACACCACAAAUUCCACCACCGCAACCAAUAUCAUCAUCUACAGGCCCAUCAGUUGGAAAUAAUCCGAAUGCAUCGACAAUGGCCCAAUUACUGAAUUUCCCUAAUUUCCUUUAUUCAAGCUUGCUGGCUGCAUCAUUGACUAAUAAUCAGCAACAACAACAACCGCAACACAAAUCAUCCGGUUCGGCGGCAAUGGCAUUGAAUGCAGCUGCUGCGGCAAGUAUACCACGACAAUUAUUAAUGGAAAUGUUGCCAGGUGCAAGCGGUAAUAGUAGCGGACAUCAUUCUUCAAGUCGAGGUUCCAGUGGUCAUCAUUCACAACAUAAUUGGAAAUCCUAGAAUGUUGAAUCCAAAAAUCAAAUGACCAAGUUUUUUUUUCGAUUACUGUUUAAUUAUCGAAAUGGACAAUAUUAUUUGAAGAAUAGACGGACAAAACAAAAUUGCCUCUCAUUAUCUUAUUAUUUUUAAUUUUUAAUUUUUCCUUUUACCUUAAUCCUUACACUUAUGCUUUUCAUCGCACACACACACACACACAUUCAUAUUAAUUAGGUCUACAAUAUAUAUUUAUAAAUAAACUAUAGGUUAUCACAAAUUAUCUAUCGAUCCUAUUAUAUUACAACAAAUAUAUUUUACAAUUCUGAAAUGAUAUUUCAAAAAAACAAAAAAAAAAAUUUCAAGAACAAACGACGCAACGAAAAACUUAACCU